AUGAACUGUUCCGUUGAAUUCAGCUAUUUCAGUUCAGCUGAGUUUAUGACUCUAGCUUUUCAUGUUAUGACUAUUAUAGAAAUUCCAGUUCAUAUUUUUGUGGGAUACGUAAUCAUUUUCAAGACUCCAGCUAAAAUGGGAAAUGUAAAAUGGUACAUGUUUAAUGUACACUUAUGGAGUGCGAUUCUUGAUAUUUCGUUUACUUUUCUGGUCACACCAUAUUUUAUUUUCCCGGCGACCGCUGGAUACCCUCUGGGCAUUUUUAUAUGGUUCGGGUUGGACCCAGUAUACCAAGUUACGGUAUUAGUAGUGGAGAUUGGAAUGACUAUAAUUUCAAUCCUGGUUUUAUUCGAAAAUCGAUACACAUUCUUGGCGGCAUCAAGAAAUGAUUUUUGGAAGAGAUUCAGAAAAGGAACCUUUGUGAUAUUGUAUAUUGUGGCAUGGACAUAUUUUAUUCCAUUCAUUUUUCAAGUUCCGGAUCCAAGUAUCGCUGUACCAAUAGUAUUAAAACAACUCCCAACACUUCGAUGUUUCUAUACUGGACCCAUUUUUGUAUUCACCCUGGAUUCAACUGUCGUUGCUCGAGUCACCAUGUUGAAAUUAAUAAUCGACUUCUCCUAUCUUGGCCUCCUAGUGUAUCUCACAUUCAGGAGUCUUAUAAAACAAACCCAGAGCGCUGCUCUAUCCAAAAAGACAUUGGCUCUACAACGGAAAUUCUUCGGCUUAAUUAUCAUUCAAACAGUCAUACCAUUUGCGAUUUUAAUUUUACCAAUCGCUUAUUGCGGCUGGGCGAUGUCUGUCGAAUUCUAUAACCAAGCUUUCAAUAAUUUUGCAUUCAUCGUAAUUGCAUCACACGGAUUGAUAUCAACAAUUGCAAUUUUAUUGAUUCAUGAGCCUUACAGAACAGUGUUGAUCGGGAAGUGUAACAGAAAAGUUGGAGAUUCUGGACCUAACUCGAAUGGAGUACCACAGCCAAUUGCAAGGGGAAAUUCUAGACCAAUAUGA